AUGGUUCAGACCAUCGUGGGCAGCCGGGCUCCGGUGGACGACGAAGACCAGAACCAGGAGGCGCUAUCCUUUGCUGAGGAGCUUGAGACGUGCUAUGACUACGAGACCAACCCCGGCGCCCAGCUAGGUUUCGGUGCCUUCCGCUUUCGCGCAUCUCAGGUCGUCGGAAAGCCUCGACCCCUUCAGACGCCUCGCUAUCCCAAUGACAUCCUCAACUAUUUUUGCGUCCACACUAGCAAUACGAGACACAGCAAGAAUGCCGCCAGUCCUGCUGGUGCCUGCCAAUUCGGCAUCUUCAAGUCCUGUACCAAGCUGUCCGACGGCCAACUAGAAAGUUCUCCCCACCACACACCCGGGCACUUUGCGGCAACCGGACACCCUUCGGCCGACCUUAUUUCAGGUCCAACCUCGGAGACUUUGCAGUCGCGUGUCUGGGUCGUAUGUCGGGGGUACGGUCCCCUUGGGGGCGUGCUGCCCGACUGGUUCUGUUUGAACUUUAUGAAACGCGUUACCACGCGUCUCACCGAGGCCACGGAUCACCUGCACAUACGCAACAUACUCAAGAGCACACACAGCGAGUUGGCCGACGACAUCAUCACCAUUCUGGAACGCGUGGAGUCACAUAACGCCGCCACCAAUGCAACGAUCGCCAACCUCUACGAAUCCAACCCCUCCAACAACAAUGCCUCACCCUUCGAUAACACCGGUAUCGUCGCAGCCUGCGGCAUGGCUGUUAACAACCAUGUCGUCGUCGCACUCUGCGGCAACCAACCACACUACCAUGUCACCGUCAAAUAUACUGAAUUCGCCUCAGAUCGAGUACCCUACGCAACCACAAAGGAAAUGUUCAAAAAUACCCACUCCUAUUCCACCUCUAAGGAACGCAAUAGAAUCCGCCUCAGACUUACCGCAUUACGGGAACUCGAACUCAAAACAAAACAUCCACAAUUCGCCCAUGAGAAGAACACAGAUAUCUCCCGAAGACUCAUCGCCGGUAACAAGCAACGCAUCGUUGGAAACCGCCCAGAAAAAGACCUACCUCCUGACACACAUCCCCCCGACUACGACCUUGCUGACCCCGGCGCCUGGUUCGGCUCCAAAUUGCACGGCUCCUGUAUCACCGACUAUAACAUUACCAGAGGCUUCGGAUUCACAAAAUCGCAAACUCUAGGUCUCUCCUCCGUACCAGACUUCGUCGUCAUACAACUCAAAUCCAACCAAGCAAAAGGCAACACUCUCGCCAUCCCGGACGAAUUCCUCCUCGUCGCCUCCAGCCCGGUCUUCUGGCAAGUGCGCACUCCGCAGGAAGUCGCCUCCCACAUCCUCCGACUCAUGCACAAAGAAAACCACACCCUGCAACAAGCACUCGACAGAGUCUGCAUGUGCGUCCGAGUGGAAAGCGUUGCAAGGGGCUUCAGAGCUUUCAACUCCGAAGAACUGGCCGUUCUCUGCAUACCUCUUGCCUGA